UCGCUCGCCACCACAGUUCGCAGUUUACUCCUCCGUCGCGUUGUGUUUGGUUCGUUCUCGUCGUCGGUGGUGCGCAAAAAAAAAUCUGGUCGGUUCUUCCGUUCCGUCGUUCUUCUGUCCUGUUGCUGCUGCUGGUGUCUAGGCUUCUUGGAAGUGACCUUUUCCGUAAAGUUUCGAAACGGUCCUAAAUUCCUUCGAUCCUAGUAGGAAGUGAGUGCAAGUUUCGAGGAACGGGAAUCGUAUUGCUCGACAGAAGAAAAUAAAUUGGAUCACGACGGAGUUCGAAGGUGAAGAAGUGCGUUUUUGUUUUGUCUCGUGUCCCCCGCAACAGCUGAUGGGAGCGGAGCUCCUGCCAAACAAGGCGACGGAGACAACAACAAGAACGGAACGGAAUCGGAAUCGGUAGUGUGAGUGUGGAAUCGUGGGUGAAGUGGCAGGAGAGGCCAGUGGCCAACAACAGCGCGCGUAGUUGUGUUGCCUUUUCAUGUUAAAUAAUUAAGAAAAUUGAGCUUCGAAUUCCUCCACUGGAAAGGAGUGCUUUGUUUUGGGUGCUGCGAAACUGCUGGUCAAUUUUGCAUCCAGUUCCGGAAUUAGAAUCUGAUUCGAAGAGGUGUGGAUUCCCGGAUCUUGCUGCCAGUCCAUGAUCACAAACCAGGCGGCAGACUGAUAUUCUUUAUACAUAACUAACAAGCGGCGGAAUUUUAAAUAGUAACACGUGUCUUAUUUUAAGCUGUGAUAAAUUCGUCAUUCGUAGAGUGACAACUGCGAAGCGUAUGAAUUGAUUUGUCAUUGUUCUUGACGUAUAAAGAUAGAAAACCAAGCAGGCCUGUGGUUUCAAUGUGGUGAAGCGAAGAAGAGCAAUCAAACGGACUGACGGAACAAGCUUCUGAGGUUUGAACCGGCAGGAUGAAAUUCGCAGAACAUCUUUCCGCGCACAUUACUCCAGAAUGGCGGAAGCAGUACAUCAAUUACGAGGAAAUGAAGGCGAUGCUGUACACGGCCGUGGAAGAGGCCCCGGCCCUGGACAGCGUCGAAGAGGACAUCAUCAAGCGGCACUUUGCCAACUUUGACGAAAACUUCUACCACUACUGCGACGAGGAGCUGAAAAAAAUCAACACCUUCUACUCGGAAAAGCUGGCCGAGGCCACUCGAAAGUAUGCCGCCCUAAGCGCCCAACUACGAACCAUGCUCGAAAACCAACAGAAGGCCAAAUCCAAGGGCCACACGCUGAAGCGUAUCAACCUUCCGUAUCGGAAAGCGCAGGAACUGAAACUGGCCUUCAGCGAGUUCUACCUGAGCUUGAUCCUGCUGCAGAACUACCAAAACCUCAACCAUACCGGCUUUCGGAAAAUCCUCAAAAAGCAUGACAAACUGUUACGAUCCGACAACGGGGCUCGGUGGCAGAAGGAACAGGUCGAAACGAGCCAUUUCUUCACCAACAAGGACAUCGACAAGCUGAUCAACGACACGGAAACGACGGUCACGACCCAGCUCGAAAGCGGCGAUCGGCAGAAGGCCAUGAAGCGCCUCAGGGUUCCUCCGCUCGGCGAACAGCAAAGUCCGUGGACCACCUUCAAGGUCGGACUGUUCAGCGGUAGCUUUGUGGUGCUAUUCAUAGCUGUGAUCUUGUCUGCGAUAUUCCACGAAAGUACUGGGGAAAACUUGAAGAUCGCGUUUCGAUUGUAUCGAGGGCCACUGUUGGUGAUCGAGUUUGUGUUUCUUCUCGGGGUCAACAUCUACGGCUGGCGAUCGUCCGGUGUGAACCACGUGCUGAUCUUCGAACUUGAUCCUCGAAAUCAUCUGUCCGAGCAGCAUCUGAUGGAGAUGGCCGCCAUUUUGGGCGUCGUUUGGACGCUGAGUUUACUGAGCUUCUUGUACAGCGCUAGCCUGAGCAUACCACCGUACGUGAAUCCGUUGGCGUUGACGAUCGUGAUGAUCGUGUUCCUGAUCAACCCGUUCAAGGUGUUCCGGUACGAGGCCCGGUUCUGGCUGCUGAAAACCAUCGGCCGCAUGGUGGCUGCACCGUUCUUUCACGUGAGCUUUGCCGAUUUCUGGCUGGCGGAUCAGCUGAACAGUUUGGUGACGGCGCUCAUGGACUUUCAGUUUCUGAGCUGCUUCUACGUGACGAAUGGCAAUUGGCUGGAUGCGGGCAAUACCAGCCAAUGUAUGGAGCAGAGCUACAUCAUACGGCCGAUCGUGAAUUGUUUGCCGGCGUGGUUCCGUUUUGCGCAGUGCCUGCGGCGUUACCGCGACUCGAGGGAAGCGUUUCCCCAUUUGGUCAACGCGGGGAAGUACUCGACGACUUUUCUGGUGGUGAUCUUUGCGACGCUGAGGAGUUACCAUUCCUCCAAAUAUGAAGACGCGUACGAUAAUCCAUAUCUGUGGCUGUGGCUACUGAGUCAGAUCGUAUCGUCCGUUUACGCGUACACCUGGGACAUCAAAAUGGAUUGGGGCUUGUUCGACAAGAAUGCCGGAGAAAAUACCUUCCUCCGAGAGGAAAUCGUUUAUUCGACUCCCUUCUUCUACUAUUUUGCCAUUAUCGAGGAUCUGUUCCUGCGGUUCGUGUGGGGCAUUUCGUACGCUCUGACGGAGAACAAAAUCGUUUCCGGCGACCUGAUGACGUCAGUGCUCGCCCCCUUGGAGGUGUUCCGUCGUUUCGUGUGGAACUUUUUCCGCCUGGAGAACGAACAUCUCAACAACUGCGGUAAGUUCCGUGCCGUGAGGGACAUUUCGAUUGCGCCGAUCGACUCGAACGAUCAAAUCAUCAUCCUCAAGAUGAUGGACGACGAAGAUGGUGUCAUUAAUAGGGACACCAAACACAAUCGAGCCAAGCACAAAAAGACCAAAGAAGACAAAAAGCCACUGCUACCAGCGUUCAAGGGUUCCCUGCAGGACCUCGCCGUGGACGUGAACAGCACCAAAAAGCUAUGAGAGGCCAAGCUGCUCAAUUUUAGUAGAAAUGUACAAAGUUGUACUUACAGUUAUAGCCAAAUUAUUUUUACCCCAUCUGUGUAGGAUCCACCAGUCGGUUCGUUCGAGCGUGGACUUAGAGCCCGAUUCCCACAUUCCUCAAGCGUAGAGCAGACUUUGAGAUUAUCGCUUCCUAGAAAGCAUAAAACCGAAUGUGUGAGAGAGUGCGUUUGUUGUUGACCAUAUUUUUUAAGGAAUAUUCACGAAUAGUUUUUUUUAGAAUAAGAAAUAAAAGUAAUAAUGCCUUAUGAGGAAAUUUAUGUACUUCCAUUUUAUUCUUGCUUGAUAACGAAAAACAAAAACGCUGAUUGAGAUGAAGAUGAUGCAAUAACGUAGGGUUAGCCUUAGAAGUGAAAGCAAAUUCGGAAAACAGGUGGAUUUUUGCUAGGUAGGAAAAGCCAUAUUUAGUGAAUGUUGGAAAGCCAAUCGUCAUACCGAUUUAGUUGUGGCAGUAUUACUUAACACCCACCCUGAUGCAGAUAAUUUUUAAAAACGAGUAACAUCCAGUCUUCAAAUAAACAGGAAACAGAUUAAGUUUUUUUUUAAUGGGACUAUUUUGUAUUACGUUAAAGACCAAAUCACGCCUGAAGGCAGUCACGAACAGCAAACGUUCGAGUCAAAAUCGUUAAUGUAUGCUAAGUGUGGAAUUUCAUUUGAUGAAUGAUAUUUUAAAAUAGCUUCCCAAACAACACCGAUCGUUACAGAUACUCGUUUGAAUGUGCUGAAUUCGCCUGAAGUGGAACAAAUUUGUGAUUUCAUUCCAAUAGAUAUAGAAACUAUUUUUAUUA